UCAGUCAGUCAGAGAGCGAACUUCUGUAAGAUCUGAUCUCGCACAACUCGCGGCGUGGCUUCGGUGAAAAGUUCCGGUCGUAAUUUGUUUUGUCGGUAUCAUCAUCACUCGAAUCUCAUAGAAUAUCGAUUAACCAUUCCAGCAACAUUAUGAGAGCGUAAAAUUGAUAUCUAUAUUAGUCCUAACCAGUGAAAGUGGUGAGUGGACAAUGUUUCGAGUGUUGAGCAUCGUUAUCGCGGCACGUAUCGUUUGGUUCGGGCUUGCAUCUGAGAUUACGUUUCAGGAUUCUUCGCUACAAGAGGGCGAUACUUGUACACUGGCUGAUGGAUUGACCCGUGGAUCGUGCCGUCGGGACACGAACUGUAUCUCACUGAAGACCAUACCGCAGAAAGACUGGAAAACGUGUUCGCUAGACAAGAACUCGUCGAUCGUUUGCUGUAUAGACACGAAACCCGAUGGCGUACAGGAUGUGCGAGGUGGCUUCCGCUACAAAAGCGAUCAAAUGUGUGCAAGUUUUCCGGAAAUGCCGGCAACAGGAAAUCACAUUCUAAAUGGCAUAGAAGCAGACCUCGAAGACUUCCCCUACCUGGGAGCGUUGGCAUUGCUGGACAAUUACACUUCGACGGUAUCGUACAGAUGUGGAGCUAACCUUAUUUCUGAUCGAUUCAUGCUAACGGCUGCUCACUGCUUAUUUGGCAAGCAAGCCAUCCAUGUUCGUAUGGGAACGUUGAGUCUCACGGACAACCCCGAUGAAGACGCGCCGGUGAUCAUCGGCGUCGAGCGGGUGUUCUUCCAUCGCAAUUACACGAGGCGUCCCAUCACCCGAAACGACAUUGCCCUGAUCAAGUUGAAUCGCACUGUUGUAGAGGACUUCCUGAUACCAGUCUGCUUGUACACGGAACAAAACGAUCCGUUGCCGACCGUGCCGUUGACGAUUGCCGGAUGGGGUGGUAACGAUUCUGCCUCUCUCAUGUCAUCUAGCCUUAUGAAGGCAUCGGUGACGACCUACGAACGUGAUGAGUGCAACUCUUUAUUGGCGAAAAAAAUCGUUCGGUUAUCCAACGAUCAGCUCUGUGCGCUCGGAAGGAGUGAACUGAACGAUGGACUCCGGAACGAUACAUGCGUCGGUGAUUCUGGUGGGCCCUUGGAGUUGUCCAUCGGUCGACGAAAGUACAUCGUGGGCUUGACAUCGACCGGUAUAGUUUGCGGUAAUGAAUUUCCAAGUAUUUAUACCCGCAUAUCGCAGUUUAUCGACUGGAUUGAGUCAAUUGUAUGGCCUUAAUAAAGACAAUGUGAGAUCGGUAAUUCGUUUUCAAAUAAUGCACAGUACUGACAGAAGAAGGCCAAUUCCUAUAGGAAUUGAAGGCUUAUUUACCCUUUUUUAAAUUAUUUGAAUCGUUCAAGAUAUGUAGCUAUAUGAGAAAUCUAAUGUUAUUAAUGUAUUAUUAUAUUUUAUAUUAAAGUCAUUCAACUUUCA